AUGAGUUUUCUUGACUCAGUGCUCUCGUCAAUCGAGACGGGAAAGCCCACUCGCAUACCACCAUCGUCCUCAUCCCUGUCAGCCCCUGUUUCAUCGUCGACUGCCAAAUCCGAGGCCCGCAAACCGUGUACAGCACCCCGAGAUGUUCCCUCUGAGCGCAAAAAUCUCCCUGUGGGCACAAAACGAAAAGCUGAGGAACAGCUACCCCGCCAAAGGCUUGAAGCUCAAGGAUCUCGCAAGUCAUUAACCACGCGACCAGCUGCUCCACGCUCGGCUCCCAAGCCUCUUUGUAGCACAGCUUCUCCCUCCAAAUCCACGAUAAACAACAGGACGUCUGUGGUCCAGAAAGGGCCCCAGGUGUCUUCUAAGCCUCCCCCUAAAGGAUCAUAUGCCGAUCUCAUGAUGAAGGCGAAAGCACUGCAAGAAAAGGCUCCAACACAAGUGGGCAUGUUCAAGCAUCAGGCUGUCUCUAAGGAGAAACUCAGCAAAGUGGAACGUAAGAAGCGAGCGAUGGAAGCGCAGGCAAAGGAGAAAGAAGCGCAAGCGGCCAAAAAGCGCGGGGCUACUUCCAAUACGGUGCCGGGUAAGCUCGCCCAGAAACGGGAACCCGAAGAGCUUGCAUACAGGGGCACUGCAAAACCGCUGUUGGCCCCAGCACAACCUGAAUACCGAGGAACGGCAGGUUUACCAAGUCGGGUUGACCCAACUGAUCGGAAGGCGCAGUCACGAGCUGGCAAGCGUUCCAGGAUGGAUGAAUAUCUGGGAACCGACGAAGAAGACGAAGGAGAAUAUGCAGACGAAUACGAUGACUACUACUCUGACGAAUCCUCGGACAUGGAAGGGGGAUUCGAUGAUGUGGCUGAAGAAGAAGCAAAAGCAUUGGCGGCUGCAAAGAGAGAGGACGAAGAAGAAAUGCGCGCGGAGCUUGCAGCCAAGCAAGAAAAGCUGGAGCGCCGUAAGAAACUCGCUACAUUAGCAGCCAGGCGACGCUGA